CUGUGCAUCGACACUCUCUCAUCACACACACUCCUCACACACACUCAUGGCUCUUCAUCAGCUGGUGCUGUUCUUCCUCUUCCCCCACUGUGGACUCUCAGAGAGCAUGAGGAUCAGUGCUGUGUUUGUACAGGAGGGCCAGUCAACCAUCAUGCCCUGUCUGUAUGAGAAGGAACAUGAAGAUGAUACUAAGCUCUGGUGUAGGAGAGACAAUCUGUCUAAGUGUGCUGCAGCUGUGAACAGCAACCAGAGUCAGAGUGCUGCUGGAGUGUCCAUUUCUGAUGACAUCACACAUGGAAUCUUCACUGUGAACAUGACGAACAUCAGACAUGAAUAUGCUGGUGACUAUUGUUGCAUCGUUAAACCCAGAACUAAGCCACCCCAAACGAAAGACUGUACACAAAUAAUAAAAUCUAAAGAUGGUUCAAUGCUGUCUGUACUCAACCCCAUGAUAAGCGGGUAUGAGAGUGGGACUGCCUCUGUCUUCUUCCAGCACCGUUUCCCUGGAAAGAAGAGGCAGUUCUGUCAGCUAGGAGGGGAGUGUGGGACACUAACUCUGCAUCUUUGAAUGGGAUGUCAGUGAUGCUGAGUGAUGUCUCAACGAAGUUGAAAGUGACUCUCAGUGGACUGCAGGUGAAGAACACAGGCUGGUAUGUGUGCUCUAUGGGGGCAUUUCAGAUACCUGUUCAUCUCAACGUGACUGACGUUGGACCAACCCCAGGUGA